CAAUUAAAAUUCACUUUAAUGGUUUGCACUGUUCAAACUUUCAAACUGUUGAUUUAUACUUCCAGCGGCGAAGUAUGAAUUUAAAUUGUCGAUUAUUGUAUGCGAUUCGAGAAUCGAAGUCUGUUUGAUUACUAUAUAACUGCCUACACUUACGAGUAUCGAUUAAUCUCACAUGGUAACAUGCUGUUUUGUUUUGAUUAACCUUAACAUUUUCCGCAUGAUACUUAAUAUGACAAAUAAGUGAAUAAUAUCAGAUAUUAAUUAUAUAAUUUAUACAUAUACUCCGUUUAUGGAUAAUAUUUAUAUAAUUUAUUAAUUUUCCUUCAAGAAGGUAACAAUUAUGGAAUGCUUUUGGUCUGAUCUGAGUAAACAUCCACAGUGUCCACAUGGACCAACUUUAUUGUUCGGUACAUAUGAAAAUGGUAAAUUAGAGAAGUUUUAUGUAUGCGCAGCUUGCCGUGACAAGAAGCUAUGUAAAUUUCAUUUGAAGGAAGGAGAACAAUUAACAAAACAGCAGGCAGCUAAAUGGGAAAAAGACAAAAAAGAAUAUGCUUCCCGUUAUCGUCACAGAUUAUUAUAUUUGACAUUCCACGAGAUAAUGAAUCUAUCACCAGAGAAAAGAAAUUAUUGUUAUACAUGUGAUAAACUAUUACAUUCUCACGAUAAAAAUAAGAGUCACAAUGAUCAUAGCGUGAAAGAAGGUAUUACUGAUCAUGAGAUGAAAUAUCCAACAGAACUUUUAAAGCCCUUAGAAAACUCUAAACAAGAAGCUCAAUAUUUCUUUUCAAAGAAAUCCACAGAGGAUAUAACAAAUAUGCUUAUAAAACUUGGUGCAAAGCAAGUUAUUUGUAUUGGUGCCCCAAGAAUUCAUGAAUAUGUUUUAGAUAAAUAUGAAGAUCAAAUGUCCUCCCUUUUAUUAGAUUUCGAUGGAAGAUUUCACAACUUUUUUGGACCAUUAAAUUAUUGUUGGUACAAUUUAUUGAACAACCACUUCUUCAAUGAGAACUCUUUUCAUGUAUUUAAAGAUUUUAUGAUGCAAAAUGAAGGCAAAAAUACAUAUGUAAUAUGUGAUCCACCAUUUGGCAGUCGAGUAGAAGCAAUGUCGUGGACCAUAAAGAAACUUUCUGAUCUUCAUAAGAAAUGGAAUAACAUUACAAAUGAAAAUGAUUGUUUGAAAAUCAUGUUUAUAUUUCCAUAUUUUAUGGAAUCUUUAAUAAAGCAGAAAAGUAACCCACCUGGCAUAUCUGGGGGUUUGAAGGAUUUGCAGCUAACAGAUUACAAAGUGUGUUACGAAAAUCAUCCCAUGUUUGUAGGAAAUCCUAAAAAUAAUAAGCUCCCUUCGCCCAUUAGAAUCUUUACAAAUAUACCACUACAUUUGUUGGAACUACCUGAAUCCGAUGGUUAUAAAUAUUGUAAAAAAUGUCGGAGAUGGGUUUCCAAAGAAAACAAACACUGUAAAAAGUGUAAUGACUGUACCUCGAAAAAUGGUACCACAUAUGUACACUGUAAUGUGUGUGAAAGAUGUGUAAAACCUUAUUGGAAGCAUUGUAAAACCUGUAAAAGAUGUAUUGCGGCGCAACAUGUGUGUGGUCAGAAACCACAAAUAACUGGAAGAUGCUUCAAAUGCAAUGAACUUGGUCAUACAGAGAAAGAAUGUAAUGUUAAUGAGAGGAAUCGUGAUAGAGUACUCAUAAGUACAAAAGUUAAAAAACGAAAAGCUAACAGUGAUAUAAAAUCUGAAAAAAAUGUAAAAAAGAAAAAACUAAAUGAUUCGCUAAAAUCUAAGGAGAAAAAAAAAGAAAAACAAUUGAAAAUUAAAAAUGCCAAAAAGUUGAUAAAGUUAAAAAACAAAAGGAAAGAAGUAAAAAAUCAAGUUAGGAUAAAAAACAAAAUGUUGAAAGUCAAGACUAUUAAAAAAUGAUAAUAAAUAAAAUUGAAAAUUCUAUUGUAUGAUGGCAUAGUGGAAAGGAGAAAAGUGAGAAAAUGUAAAGUUGUAAAUAACAUUUAAAUUUUGUAUAGAAACAUUAUCAUCAGUGUACAAAAUAUAUGCACGAAUCAAAUGUUUUAUAUUAUAAAAAUAUUUGGU